CUGACGAGAGUGUCAACGUAAGUAUUCUCAUUCAACAGACAGUCUGCAGAGCCAUGGUUGACUGGGAACAUUUCUGGCAGAAAAUGGGAACCUGUGUCGCUUUACUGGUUACAGACCAAUUCUAGAGGGGUACAAGACGUUCACCAAAGUGUGUGUGUGUGUGAGUGUGUGUGUGUGUGUGUGUGUGUGUGUGUGUGUGUGUGUGUUUGUGGUGGCAAAGGGAAGAUAACGGCUGCUGCAUGACCAACAGAGUAGAGACCAAAGGGUACACUGAAGAGAGUUUCAACGCGGCUCCUCUCCCUGUUCGGGCGGCUCCUCCCCCUGUUCGGGCGGCUCAUCUCCCUGUUCGGGCGGCUCUUCCCCCUGUUCGGGCGGCUCAUCUCCCUGUUCGGGCGGCUCCUCUCCCUGUUCGGGCGGCUCCUCUCCCUGUUCGGGCGGCUCCUCUCCCUGUUCGGGCGGCUCAUCUCCCUGUUCGGACGGCUCCUCUCCCUGUUCGGGCGGCUCCUCUCCCUGUUCGGGCGGCUCCUCUCCCUGUUCGGGCGGCUCAUCUCCCUGUUCGGGCGGCUCAUCUCCCUGUUCGGGCGGCUCCUCUCCCUGUUCGGGCAGCUCAUCUCCCUGUUCGGGCGGCUCCUCUCCCUGUUCGGGCGGCUCCUCUCCCUGUUCGGGCGGCUCCUCUCCCUGUUCGGGCGGCUCCUCCCCCUGUUCAGGCGGCUCCUCUCCCUGUUCGGGCGGCUCAUCUCCCUGUUCGGGCGGCUCAUCUACCUGUUCGGGCGGCUCAUCUCCCUGUUCGGGCGGCUCAUCUCCCUGUUCGAGCGGCUCCUCUCCCUGUUCGGGCGGCUCAUCUCCCUGUUCGGGCGGCUCAUCUCCCUGUUCGGGCGGCACUCGGCGGUCGUCUACUCGCUGCCACCGAUUCCUUUUUCUUUCCUGUUCGUUUUGUCUUGAUUGUUUUGACCUGUUACGUAUUUGUUGUUAAUUUUUGGCCUAUUAGCUUCCCGCCUGCUUUUGUGCUUAUUCUCCCUGUCAGUGGUGAGAUUAUUGUGUUUAUUCUCCCUGUCAGUGGUGAGAUUAUUGUGUUUAUUCUCCCUGUCAGUAGUGGGUUUAUUGUGCUUAUUCUCCCUGUCAGUGGUGGGAUUAUUGUGCUUAUUCUCCCUGUCAGUGGUGAGAUUAUUGUGUUUAUUCUCCCUGUCAGUGGUGAGAUUAUUGUGCUUAUUCUCCCUGUCAGUGGUGAGAUUAUUGUGCUUAUUCUCCCUGUCAGUGGUGAGAUUAUUGUGCUUAUUCUCCCUGUCAGUGGUGAGAUUAUUGUGUUUAUUCUCCCUGUCAGUGGUGAGAUUAUUGUGUUUAUUCUCCCUGUCAGUGGUGAGAUUAUUGUGUUUAUUCUCCCUGUCAGUGGUGAGAUUAUUGUGCUUAUUCUCCCUGUCAGUGGUGAGAUUAUUGUGUUUAUUCUCCCUGUCAGUGGUGAGAUUAUUGUGUUUAUUCUCCCUGUCAGUGGUGAGAUUAUUGUGUUUAUUCUCCCUGUCAGUGGUGAGAUUAUUGUGUUUAUUCUCCCUGUCAGUGGUGAGAUUAUUGUGCUUAUUCUCCCUGUCAGUGGUGAGAUUAUUGUGUUUACGUUUUUACUGUCUGUUAUUUUCCCUAGUUUUCGGGACAUACCUGUUUAUUGGUAUUUUUGCCUGUUUGUUGGCUAGACCCAAUUUAAUAAACGUAUGGAAGCAUUGCCCUCUGCGCCUGACUCCACACCCACCACUCCUAGCUAUCCGUGACAGCAUGGUAUUUUAUCACAUGGCGCUACAAAAGAUAGUGCGUAGGCCCCAGUACAUCACUGGGGUCAAGCUUCCUGCCAUCCAGUACCUCUAUACCAGGCGGUGUCAGAGGAAAGACUCCAGCUAUAGACUGUUCUCUUUGCUGCUGCACGGCAAGCAGUACCGAUGCACCAAGUCUGGAACCAACAGGACCCUGAACAGCUUCUACCUCCAAGAUUUCUAAAUAGUUAACCAAUAGUUAACAGCACAUUCAGAAAGUAUACAAUCCCCUUCACUUCUUCCACAUUUUGUUAUGUUACAGCCUUAUUCUUGUAACGUGUGCGCUGGGAGUCAGGACGCAAGUUCAGUGAGUGAAUAAUUUAAUAAACGAACGAAACAUAAUUCAAAACAAUAAACAUGAACAGCACACAGACAUGAAACAGAAACAAUAACACCUGGGGAAGGAACCAAAGGGAGAGACAUAUAUAGGGCAGGUAAUCAAGGAGGUGAUGGAGUCCAGGUGAAUGUCAAUAAGCGCUGGUGCGCGUAAUGAUGGUGACAGGUGUGUGUAAUAGUCAGCGGUUUGGUGACCUAGAGGUCAGAGAGGGACAAUUCUAAAAUGGAUUAAAUAGUUUUUUCCCGCCUCAUCAAUCUACACACAAUACCCCAUAAUAAUGACAAAACAAAAACAAGUUUUAAGAAAUUUGUGCAAAUUUAUUACAAAUAAAAAACUGAAAUAUCACUUUUGGUCAUGAUUACAGCCUCCAGUCUUCUUGAGCAUGGGGAGUUUCUCCCAUUUUUCUCUGCAGGUCCUCUCAAGCUCUGUCAAACUUGAUUGGGAGUGUCGCUUCACAGCUAUUUUCAGGUCUCUCCAGAGAUGUUCGAUCAGGUUCAAAUAACGGGCUCUGGCUGUCUGCUUAGGGUCCUUGUCCUGCUGGAAGGUGAACCUUCGCCCCAGUCUGAGGUCCUGAGAGCAGGUUUUCAUCAAGGAUCCCUCUCUACUUUGAUCCAUUCAUCUUUCGCUCGAUCCUGACUAGUCGUCCAGUACCUUCCGCUGAAAAACAUCCCCACAGCAUGAUGCUGCCACCUCCAUUCUUCACCGUAGGGAUGUAAGAAUGAUGAAGGCCACUGUGUUCUUGGGGACCUUCAAUGCUACAGAAAUGUUUUGGUACCCUUCCCCAGAUCUGUGCCUCGAUACAAUCCUGUCUCGGAGCUCUACGGACAAUUCCUUCGACCUCUUGGCUUGGUUUUUACUCUGACAUGCACUGUCAACUGUGGGACCUUAUAUAGACAGGUGUGUCCAAUCAAUUGAAUUUACCACAGGCGGACUCCAAUCAAGUUGUAGAAACAUCUCAAGGAUAAUCAAUAGAAACAGCAUGCACCCGAGCUCAAUUUAAAGUCUCAUAGCAAAGGGUCUGAAUAUUUAUCUAAAUAAGGUAUUUCAGUUGUUAUUUUUGCCAAAUGUUCAAAAAACCUGUUUUUACCCUUUUUUUCAUUGUGGGGAAAUGAUGCGGAAAACAGUAAGCGGGUCUGAAUACUUUCUGAAUGCGCUGAAUCCGCUGUAGCUACCUGGAUACUCUGCAUUGACACUUUCUGAAUGCGCUGAAUCCGCUGUAGCUACCUGGACACUCUGCAUUGACACUUUCUGAAUGCGCUGAAUCCGCUGUAGCUACCUGGACACUCUGCAUUGACACUUUCUGAAUGCGCUGAAUCCGCUGUAGCUACCUGGACACUCUGCAUUGACACUUUCUGAAUGCGCUGAAUCCGCUGUUGCUACCUGGACACUCUGCAUUGACACUUUCUGAAUGCGCUGAAUCCGCUGUAGCUACCUGGACACUGCAUUGACACUUUCUGAAUGCGCUUAAUGCUCUGUAGCUGGACACUCUGCAUUGACACUCUCUGAAUGCGCUGAAUCCGCUGUAGCUACCUGGACACUGUGCAUUGACACGAUUUGCACGAACGUUUUUUGAUUCAUCACACACCCUGCUGCUACUGUCUAUUAUCUAUCCUGUUGCCUAGUCACCUUACCCCCUACCUAAAUGUAGAUAUACCUCAAACCCCUGCACAUGGACUCGGUACUUGUACCAAGUUAUCUUUACUCAUUGUGUUUUUAUUAUCUUGCUGAUAUUUUUCUAUCUGCUUUUUAUUUAUUUAUUUGACCUUUAUUUAACCAGGCAGGUCAGUUAAGAACAAAUGCUUAUUUCGGGUUACCAGUCCAACGCUCUAACCACUAGGCUACGCUGCCGCUUUGUUGGUAAGUCUCUGUCAGUAAGCAUUUCAUAGUUAGUCUACACCUGAUGUUAUUGAAGCAUAUGAGAAAUCCAAUUUGAUGUGAUACAGGAGGACUUUGGACAACAGCGUAGAGCUGACGACUCUACAGUACACCAAACCCAAUUCAUUUCAUUAUGUACUGCUGUUUGCAACCAACAGCAAUACAGUUGAAAUGAAACUGGACUUAAUUGACCUCCAACAGUCAUAACCUCUGACAUUUACUGUAUGCACUUUAAUACCUUGGGAGGCUGUCGGGACGUAUCUAUCCAGAUUCUAACGAUCUUUUGCUUUCGGUUUGUUGCUUUAGAUUGUUGCUCUAUCUCCUCUAGAGGUCAGAGGUUAUGACUGUUGAGGUCAUAACAGUCAGAGCUAUACUCUAUGUGGCUACUUAAGGCUUUGAGGAAUGUAACAUGAGCCUAUGAGUGCUGAUCUGGGAUCUGUCUAUAUAGUCUCAUUCGUUAAGAUUUAAAAAAUGUCAAACCUGAUCCUAGAUCCGCACUCCUACUCUGAGAUGCUUUGUGGAUAUGGGCCCUGAUCCUAGAUCUGUGUCUUGGAAUAAAUUAGGAUUUGUGGAAGUUAAAGCUGAUCCUAGAGCUCUGUCUAUGAGUAACAUGUGACAUUUGCAUUGCGUGAGAAGGAACUCAAGUAAAUUAAAUCUUAUUUGGAUAAUUUCCUGUUGUAGCAGGAAAUGAAAACUUGCAGUUUAUUCAAGGUUUAAAAAGAUUCUUAAAUUGGUAAUUUAUGUUUUAACAUUUCUGAUUUGAUUUCCCCGAAAUAAAAAUAUACCUACCCUUACCAAAAUAUCUAUGAAUUAUAAGCCGCACAAUAAAUCAGAUUUCCUGUUGCUGCGGGAUUAUUUUCCUGCUAUGAGAAACUGAUCAAAUUAUUAUCUGGAGACUUAUUUAAAUACAAAUGCUUUGUAUUCAAGAAACGUAACUCUUGAUACAAACUACAAAUCUAUUCAAUAAAAUUAAAAAACAAUCACA